AUGAACACGUUCAGAUUCGGAACCCUAAUCCGACGCACUACUUCUCAAAUUUCUUCACAUCAAUUCCUUGGCUAUGCCAAAUCCUUCGCCGGUAUUCCGAAACCUCGUUUCUUCUCUGACUUUACGGACGGCGAAAGUGCGGUUUAUCACCACGCGCGUUUGUUCAGGAAACCACUAUCUACCCAGUUCAAGUUUAAUCAGUCAAACUCCAUAAGCCUUAUGGGUUUCGUUGAUCGACCUGUUCGAGUCCUUGACAACACUAAGCCAGAGAAUUUCGGUGUUUUCACUUUCCUUAGAGUCAAAGACCCUCGCAAUCCUAACCGGAGCUUUAGGAUGCCUCUUCGAAUGUGGGAUGGGAUUGCACGGACGUGUAUUGCACAUCUGAAGCCAAAUGAUUUCAUACUUGUCACAGGCCGGCUGAUUUCUUACAGCAAGAGCUCUGGUGAUGAAGAUAGAAGCAUAGAAUUAGAUUACCAGGUUAAAGUGACAGAGGUAAAUUAUGUGGUGGCUCCACCAAGUUACGUCUUAGAAUCUCCGAUAUCAGGAAAAUCAACAUCAGAAACAGAUGGAAUAGAAGAAUCCAAGGAUGAUAAGAUAUACUUGUGGCAAGUCUUCUUUGCGAAUCCAUACGAUUGGUGGGACAACAGGAGAAAUAAGAAAAACCCUAGGCAGCCUGACUUCAAGCAUAAAGAUACACGUGAAGCUCUCUGGCUUAACUCAGAUAAACCAGACUGGGUUACAAGACAACUUGAAUUGCUCGACCAGAGAACAGCAGAGAAGAGCUGCUAUGAUGAUAAACGAACACGCUCUGGCCGUCUUUCCGACUGGAUUUAG